CUGGAAAACACCACCAAUAGUCGUGUAUUGCGCAUCUCUAAUUGACUCAACAUACAGACGGCCACAAGAUUACUAUCGCCUUCAGUCGUGAGAGCUUUACCAUUAUGACCUCACUACCUACAUCAUACAGAUCCUUAACGUACACCAAGCCGUCAACACCACCGCACCUCUACCACUCCUCUCUUACACAACCAGGCACCAACGAGCUUCUGAUCAAAGUCCAUGCAGCCGCGAUCAAUCCAGUUGAUAUUCAGCUGUGGGGGAACCCCGUCAUCGGAUUUCUGGCAGGAACCAAAGAGAAGGGAAUAGGCCGCGACUAUGCCGGGGUCAUUGUCGGCGUUGGGUCAGCAUUCAAGAGCAAGUGGGAAGUAGGCGAGGAGGUGUUCGGGCUAUUCUCAAAACCAACGGGCGAAGGUACUUUCAGCCAAUACCUCAAGGUGGGCGAGAACGAUCCCAUUGCUAGGAAACCCAAAUCUUGGACCUUCGAACAGGCUGCCGCCGUCCCUCUUGUCGCGCUCACAGCUUUUGCUUGUUUAGACUGGUUGCCACCCGAGGAUGCUUCAGUAGGCCAACGAAGAGUCAUUGUAUCAGGUGCCAGUGGCGGUGUAGGAAUGUGGUGUGUGCAGUUGGCCAAGCAACUUUACAACUGUCACGUCACCGGAGUAUGCAGUGGCAGAAACGCAGAUUUCGUUCGUGAAUUAGGUGCCGACACAAUCAUUGAUUACACCAAGCAAGACGUGGCCCUCACUCUGCUCCAAAGCCGCCCGAAAAAUAGGAAAUACGACCUGUACAUAGACUGUGUAGGUGGAGUGGAGAUGUUUUCUCACUGGACUGAGUUGCUCCACCCUUCAGGAGCCUACAUCACUAUCGUGGGUGAUAAGACAUCGAGGACAAGCAUGGGAGGCCCUCUCACGUAUGUCACGUGGCCGUCCCAAAUUCUGCGGUUCUUGUGGGGUUGGGCUUUCGGACCGCGAUACGCCAAUGUUCUUCUAUAUGAAAAGAGUGAGCUUCUCGAGAAGGUCGUUCAGUUGGCGGAGGAGAAGAAGGUCGAGGUCGCGGUGCAGGAGGUGAUCGGCGGUAUCCUGGAUGAAGAGAGCACGGAAGUUGCAUGGAAGAAGUCGUUUGGCCUCAUGGAAGAGGGCAGAGUCAGAGGAAAGAUCGUGGUUACAAUUGAUUGA